UUAGAGGUCAGUGAUACUCAGAGGGACGAGGUCACUGCUGCCGCGAAGCUAAGGGCAGGGAAGGUCAGGAAGACUUCCUAGUGGAGGCGGCAGCUGAUCUGGGUUGGAAAGGGAACAAGAAUUCAUCAGACUGAAAGAGGAAUUUCAGUCCGUGGAAACAGCAUGUGCAAGAGCCCGGAGUGUCAGCACGAUGUCUUCCUCCAACCCUGAGGAUACCCCCCGAGAGCCUGAGUCUGAGCCUGAACCCUCAACCUCCAAGCAGAAACAGAGGGGAAAGCGGCCACAGCAAGAGGCCAGCGUCCACGCCCUCACCAGGGCUGGCCACGGGGCGCUCCUGGCUGGCCGGAACCACGAAGCCCUGACCAGCUUCCAGAGGGCCUUCGUCCUGGCCUCGGAGGCCCCGCAAACUCGCGACACCCCUGUUCUCCGGGCCUGUGCCUUCAACCUGGGGGCUGCCUACGUGGAGACCGGGGACCCAGCCCGGGGCCUCGAGCUGCUCCUGAGAGCCCGACCUGAGGAGAAGGCGCAGGGCAGGCGUCAUGGCGACCAGUGUUUCAAUGUGGCUUUGGCCUACCACGCCCUGGGCGACCUGCCUCAAGCUUUGGCCUGGUACCACAGGGCCCUGGGUCACUACCAGCCACUAGGCGACCAUGGGCAAGUCCAGGCAAAAAUGGGAGCCUGCUACCGGGCUCUGGGACAGCCUGAGCUGGCAGCCCACUGUCUGCAGGAGGCGAGCCGGGCCUACGCCCAAGCAGGGCAGCCCCAGGCUGCGGCCUUGGCCUUGGGGGCUGCGGCGGGGUGUAUGCUGAAGAGCGGGCGGCAUGGGGUGGGCGCGGUGACGCGGGUGCUGGAGGAGAGCCGGAGGCUUGCUGAGAGGAGCCCUGAGCACAGACUGCUGGGGCAUCUCUAUAACGACCUAGGCCUGAGCUACUGCCAGCUCCAGCUGUUCCCGCUUGCAGCGGAGGCCUUCCUGCGGGCCCUGCCCCUGUGUCGCGGGCCGGGAGAGGAGGCCACGGUGCUGAGAAACCUCGGGACGGCCCACAGUGCCCUCGGCAACUACCGGCAAGCCCGGGAGUGUCACCAGAAGGCUGCUGACCUGCAUGGCUCUGGGGGGCAGCGGCGGGAGCAGGGCCGGAGCUUUGGCAGCCUGGCAUUUGUACUGAGCCAGCUGGGGGACCACAGGGCAGCCAGAGACAACUACCUACAUGCCCUGCAGGCGGCCCGGGACACUGGGGACACGAAGGGCCAAUGGCAGGCCUGCGAGGGGCUGGGGGCUGCCGCAGCCAGACUGGGGCAGCACGACCAGGCCUUGACCUACUAUAAGGAGGCGCUGGCUCGGAGUCAGAAGGAGCCAGACUCUGUGCGGGACCGGCUGGUGGCCAAGCUGGCGGACGCCAUGAGGACCCACCUGGCCCGGGCCGGGCUCGUCCCCACGCACGCCCUGACUUCGGCUCCAGGGAGGCCCCAGGCUCCAGGAGGGCCGGGAAGGGGCAGAGGGGGGGGACGUGUCCCUGGUGCUGCUCUGCCUCCUGUUCCCCACCCCUCCAGGUCUUCGGGUGGGUGGGAGGAAGAGGAAUUGGAGGAGGGCCAGGAGGAGAGAGAGGACCAGGCCCCACCGGAUGUCCCCCCCGCGUCUUGGGCGCAGAGGCUGGAGUGUCCAGGAUCCGGGGCCCAUCUCCCGCUUGGAGGCCAAGGCCCCCUCCGAAUGGAGCAUCCUGGCAUUCUGGUCCCCAGUGGCCCCCAAGUCAAUAGCCGCUGCCCCUGGCAAGCCCUCCCUGACUCCCGCAGGUCGCCCGGAUGGCCCAGGGAAACCCCAAGCAGGAACCCUCAGAGGAGACUCACCAAGUCUGGCUUCUGUACGAUCAUGUGACUCCACUCUGCUGGCCCGGAACGCGGCCUCUGUGCUUCCUCCGCAACACUCAAACGUUCCGGGUUUCUGGGACCAAGCCUCUUCCCGGGGGUUCAGCGCUGCAUGGA